UUUCAAGGCAGCUUUUCCCAAAAAUAGCUUUUAAAAUAUUGAAAAUGCUUGAUUUUAAGGGAUUUUUUAUAAGUUGAUAACCAUUGAAAGCACUUUUAUUACUUGUGUAUUCAGUACUAUAAAAAACAGGGAAUUUUCAAAACAGAAAUUGGGAAUUAUCAGGGAGUUGGCAACGCUGCGCUUCAGUCGUACUCGUGUGUCAUGUAACAGUUGUAGAGCGGGAAAGAUAAUAAACUAAGCCUGAGUUGCAGUGUUACACAGUGCAUUCACAGUAGUAAUCUUACUUUGGCUGGUGGGUGCAGGAUUAAGUGAAUCAUGUGGCUCCUGUUAGUAAUCCUCCUCCUUCUCACCGUCCUGUACUACAAGUGGUCCAGGAAGGAGUUUAGUCUCCUGCCUUCUCCAGGGGCUUGUCUGCCCCUGAUAGGUCACUACAAGAUAUUAACCAAUGGUUCAGAUCCAGCAAACCUCAUUUGGGAUUUAUACAGGAAAUAUUCAUCAAAUGGAAUGAUGCUUUUGAAUGUUUUUGGACUGAAUAAUGUUUUUGUUGGAGAUUUUAACGUGCUGAAGCAAAUUUACAAUGAUCCAAAUGUGCAGAACCGAGGACAUAAUGAUUAUAGAAAAUGUGGAAUGGCCAACAAAAUUUCCAUAGACCGCGGAACUAAUCCAGGACCCCUUGCUGGUGUUAUCAUGAGCCAGGGCAAAGCUUGGACAGAGCAAAGACGAACAGCACUUAAAGUUCUUCGAGACUUUGGUUUUGGCAAAUCAACCAUGGAGGAGAUGAUUCAAGACGAAGUUAAGCAGUUUAUCGCAUAUUUGAAACAGACCUCUUGUACACCUAUUGAUAUUGCAGGAAAAUUUAACUUGCCCAUUCUAAACGCCUUGUGGAAAAUCACAGUGGGUGAGAGUUUUGAGUACAGUGAUCCCAAACUGAUUGAAAUUUUGGAGAAAUUAACAGAAUUAUUACAAAAGUUUGCAAAGCCAACUGGUGUUUUUGCUAUAGUAUAUCCAUGGCUUUUCAAAAUAUUUCCAAACUUGUUUCAACGUCAACUUGACAUCGAAGUUAACCAAGCAAUUGCAAACCUAAUGCGUAAUAGUAUUGAGCAGCACAAGAAAACUCUGGAUGUUAACUCCCCUAGGGAUGUUAUUGAUACCAUGCUCAUUGAGAUACAGAACACAACAGACAAAGAGUCAAGCUUUUAUCAAGAUGUGGGGUAUAAUCACCUUGUUAACACCCUAAUAGAUCUUUUUAUUGCCGGCUCUGAAACCACAUCAACCACACUCACCUGGGCAGUCCUCUACAUGGUUAGAGAGCCAGAUAUUCAGAGAAAGGUUCAAACUGAACUUGAUACUGUAGUGGGGGGAUCAAGGUUGCCAAGUCUUGCAGAUCGACCAAAUCUACCGUACACCGAGGCUGUUCUUAUGGAGAUUCAGAGAUGUGCCAAUAUUGUGCCCAAUGGUGUACAUCACAUGUCAAACAAGCCUGUCCAUGUAAAUGGAAUGAUAAUUCCAGCCAACACUAUGAUCAGUCAAUGCUUCACUGAAAUACUUAAAGGAGAUUACUGGGGGGAUGGAAUGGUUUUUAGACCUGAAAGAUUUCUUGAUGAAUCCGGUACAGUGAAGUUUGAUGAGCAUUUUAUUCCAUUCUCUAUUGGUAAACGACGAUGUCUGGGUGAGACCUUGGCAAAGGCAGAACUUUUUCUGUUCUUUGCUAGUAUUGUUCAACAGUUUCACCUUCAACCAGAGAUCAGUGGAAAGCUUCCAACAGAGGACUGUAUCACUGGAAUUACAGUACUUCCAAAACCAUUCAAAGUUAUCUGCAAGCCUCGGUCUUUAACUUAAAGAACUUUCAAGCUAGGCACUCCUUGCACCAAUGGCACAGAUAAAAUGAUGGAUAUAACCUUGUAUUUUUGAAAAUUGAGUAUUUCCACUGUGGUUUUUCGAUAAAAUGAGUUAAAGAUUUAAAUAGAAGAGACAAGUAUGGAAUUUGACAACCUCGAAUUAACCUCAUUUCAUUUCUCGAACCUCAUUAGAUUCCUCGAACCUCAUUAGAUGUACAAAUUGUUAUGUUACAUAGCUCAUUAUAUUUAUGAAAGAAAAAUGUUUUUUCGUACACAUAGAAGAUUGUGAUCAUUAUACGUAACAAUGUUAACCUUACAAAAUAAAAAAUAUUUAGUUUUAAAACUGAAUUUGA